CGUUAGCCGUUAGUUUGACAGUUGCACAGUAUUAGCGUAGCGCGAAACGAACUUCGACCGAACCACCUGAUCCUUCGCUUUGUAUCUAUCGUUGACGACUACAACGACCACCGGAAGGGGCAUGAUGUUAGGAAAGCGAUGAGCUGAGGUGGCGAUAUUUUUCGAACUUUGUUUCAGCUUCCGUCGGUUAGUCUUUGACCGAUCGGAAGUUGAAGGUUUUUUACACACGAUUGCGCUUAGCUUACACACCUACGGGGCAGGCUUUUGAGUACCGUCCUUCGCCCUUGUGUCUCGUUCCCUUCCUUCCCUUACUCCACUCCUCUAUCCGUACCAAAAAAACAAAUGCGAAGCGUGUAAUAUACGCGCUGAUCAAACAAAAAAAAUGCCAAAGAGCCUCCGGAAGAAAAAUGACCAAAAAAAACAACCAAAACUCACCCGAACGCAUUUCGCAGACACCGCGCUAUACGACCGUCGAGACGUCGACGCCGCGUCGCGAUGAGUCCUACACGUACUCGAAGACCUACAAGACCGUCACCGAGUCAUCCAACUCAUCCGAUCCGUACUCGCGCCCGUCCACCUCCUCGUCCUCGUACACGUCGACCACGGAGCGGAACAACCGCGGAGGUCCAGGCGGCUACUCGUACAGUACGGAGCGCACCUCGACCGCUGGCAGCGGUCCGGGCGGUUACAGCUACAGCUCGACUACUUCCGGUCGUUUGCCGCAUGGUACCACCUACCGGCACUACUCGUACCGCGUCUAGGCCGUACCCUCGGGGACUCUUUCUUUUGAGCAUUCGCCUUCGAUGUCACACGAUGCUACUAACACCGACGUUUAUCUAGCCCUUCUUACUGCUGUGGAGUGUCAAAGUCUCACCAACGCCGGUAGCUUUCCCGCGCGGGAAAGCGGUGACGUGAACACGCUGUAUCCUGUAGAGUGUAAACGCGCGGACACGCGUGCGAACCGCCAGUUGGUGGGUAGCUACUAACCCUCUAAACCUUACCCUCUCACCCAUUACACCUUGUACUUUUUUUUGUUUGUAUGUACUUAUGCAUAUGGCGAAAUCCAAACACCGAACAAACCAUUUGUGAACAAUAAUCCCGAACGAACCAUGUGAUUGCUAAUGUUCGAGUUCAAUAAAAAAACCAACAAAAUCGUGAGGAUCAAGAAGCAAUUCUUGUCCCAUCACAA